ACAACACAGGAGUCACGUGACCAGCUGGUAGCUCUACUUCCUGUUUACCUCAGAGAGCACUGACCUACUGACUGUUAUCAGGUGCUUCACAUUCAGACGAUGUGAGACGUUGUUCUGUCGCUUUUUACACCCUGAACAUGGCCCAGCUGUUGUGUUUGCUGCUGCUGCUGUCGUUUGGCGGAGCUCCGGUAUCCGCGGCACCGACUGGAGGCAGCUCCCUGCCGGGGACAGGCAGGUUCUGGCACAUCACCGACCUCCACCUGGACCCCUCCUACCACCUGGCCCCAGACCCCACCAAGGUUUGCUUCUCCUCUAAAGGCUUCCCUGCCACCCAUGCCGGCAUGUUCGGGGACUUCCUGUGUGACUCUCCGUACAGCCUCAUCCAGUCAGCCUUCACUCACAUGGCGACGCUCACACAGCCACAGGAUUUCAUCAUAUGGACUGGUGAUAGUCCACCUCAUGUCCCAGUGGGUGAGCUCUCUACAGACCUUGUGAUCCAGGUGAUCAGUAAUAUGACUCAGACCAUCAGACAGCACUUCCCCAACAUGACAGUCUAUCCUGCAGUGGGAAACCAUGACUACUGGCCACAGGACCAGAUGCCAAAUACCACUAAUGCCAUCUACCAAGCUGCAGCUCGGCUCUGGAAGCCCUGGUUGGAGCCAGAAGCUAUACGCACACUCUCACGAGGUGGUUUCUACUCCCAGUUGGUGAAACCUGGUUUGCGACUGAUUAGUCUCAACACUAUCCUUUACUACGGUCCUAAUAAAGUCUCCAGUAAUAUGACAGACCCAGCUAGACAGUUUGAGUGGCUGGAGAGAACUCUGGAGAAAGCAGCAAAAGACCUAGAAAAGGUGUACAUUAUAGCCCAUGUGCCAGUGGGGUACCUGCCUUUUGCCACAAGCACCACAGCCAUAACAAAGAGUCACAAUGAGAGGCUGGUUGCCAUCUUCAGGGAGUACAGUGAGGUCAUUGCAGGACAUUUCUACGGUCACACCCACCGAGACAGCAUCAUGGUGCUGCUGAACCGCCAAGGUAAACCUGUGAAUUCUCUUUUCGUGUCACCGGCUGUUACACCAAUCAAGGAUCUUGUGGAGCCCUAUUCUAACAAUCCAGGUUUCCGCAUGUAUUUGUACAACGCCAAGGAUUACACAAUGUUGGAUAUCUGGCAGUACUAUUUGAAUCUGACGGAAGCCAACGAGAAACAAAGAUCUGACUGGAAGCUUGAAUAUAUCAUGACUGAGGCUUUUGGACUGACUGACCUGCAGCCACAAAGCCUGCUCCAGCUGGGCCUGAGCUUCAGGCUGCCGCAGACCAAAGCCUUUGACAUGUAUUUCAACCACUUCAUGGUCAGCUACAACAGCAGUAUCGUCUGUGAAGGCUUCUGUAAGGUCUGUCAGGUGUGUGCCGUGCUCUACCUGGACCAGGCGUCCUACUCUAAAUGUAUUGCAGGUGCAGAAUGGUAGCAUGAAUGUGCAUCAAAACGAAGGAUUGUUGAGGCAUUUGUCUCAGGGAUCACAAUAAUUUUUUUUUUUUAUUGUUAAAUUUUCUUUCAAUCCUCGAAGCACAAAGAGGAAAAAAAUUUUUCUGCUCCUAAAUAUUAAACCGAAUGUGUUUUUCUUUUCUGUUUACAGUUUUCAUCUAUGAUAUUCCUCAAUGGAAUCACACAUUUACCAUAUACAGCACAGAAUGUAUAUUAGAACCAGACUGAUACUGUAUUUUUCCACUUUUUUGUAGCAAAUAAUUAUAUCGAUCUGCAUUCUUUUAAUAUACAUAUUUCCACAUACAACAUUUUAGACUUAUACUGAAGAGGAGAAUGAUAGUGUCGUGUCUCUUAAUUUUCCAGCAAUACAUUUCAUAAAGUAGAUAGCAGUUUACUGUGAAAACAUUGCCGUACUCUGCACCAUCAUCUGCUCAGGUUUGAUGCCUGCUCUGCUACAUGUACUGCAGGCAGUACUGACAUUACAACAGACAAUAGAGUUGCAACCACUCUGUUGACAAUUUAUGUGAUGACACCGUUUCUAAAUUACCUCAAGUGUCUUUUCUGCAUCAUGCUUUGUUAAAAACAAAAGGGUCAUAAAAUGCAAUAUUUACCAAUAAGACAUCUGUGACUUGACUGCGAUUCAUAUUGAACAACCAAGAAGGAAAUUAUUAUUUUUUGAAAAAGAACCAUUAUAUAUAUACUUGUAUAGUGUAAAAAACAACAACAUAAUAUUAAGAUGCAACCCUUCAGGCUUAAAAGUUCUUCCCUAACUCAUUAGUUUCUCAGUUUAGACUUUCACACAAAUGUCCAUUAAAAUGAAGGAUUUGUUGGUGCUGAUUGUUUUUUAUCCCCUGCCGGCCGUAGGCACGGAGGGGGGUAUUGGCAUGGGCAUGUCCGUCUGUCCGUCCGUCCACAUUUCGUGUCCGCAGCAUAUCUCAGAAACUACUUGAGGGAUUUCAUUCAUAUUGCACCCAGGCCAUCUCUAUAUAGUAUAGGUGUGCCUUUCGGGGUGCAUGACCUUGACCUCAUUUUCAAGGUCAUAGUGAGGCACUUCAAAUAUUUUUUGGUUUCCGGAGCAUAUCUCAGAAACUACUUGAGGGAUUUCACUCAUAUUGCGCACACUAAGCCUGUUGGUAUUGUAGAUGUGCCUUUUGGGGUGCAUGGCCUUGACCUCAUUUUCAAGGUCGUUGUGAGGCACUUCAAAUAUUUUUUGAUUCUGUUUCUGGAGCAUAUGUCAGAAACUACCUGAAGUAUUUCAUGCAUAUUGCACCAACGCCACCUGUGCAUAAUGUAGAGCUGCCUUUUUUGGUGCAUGACCUUGACCUGAUUGUUUUCAUUGUAGUGAAGAUGUAUCAUUUUGUAGGUGUAUCGUCCAGUAUAUAUUAUUAUUUCUUGCACUCAGAGGCACUAUAUAUAAGGCGGGGGAUGUUUUAAGCGGAGCGUGUUUAUUAAAUUAUGUAAUUUCUGACUUGAAUCAGGAAAAGGGAAAUGCAGCACAAUACUUGCACAAUAUCAGCUGCUUGCAUUUUUUUAAAUGCGAGAAAACCUGCAUUUUCUCAGUCUGUGAUAGUUAAUCUGACAUUAAAUGGGAAGGACGUCUUAUCAUAGAGGCAUAUAUACUUUUAGGUGGAUCCCCCUCAUCACUGUACCUCAAAGACAAGAUAAAAAUGUAUUGUUUCAAUUAAAAUCUGCUUUACAGAAUGAGCUGAAGCUCCUCAGCUAUUCACAUUAGUGUUAUUUCUUAUAUCCCUUCAUGCACUAAUUGUUUACGCCUAAUCUUCUGGGUAACCUGAAUUCUGACAAAUGUCGACAACACAUUGAGCUGAACAGUCUGGGACGAAUUCUAAGGCAAAAGGAAAUAUGUGUCUUUCAAUAAAACUUUAAAUCAAAUUGUUUAGAUGUCACUGCAAUACUAAAAUCAUGCAAGGCUUCUUGAAAACAGCGCGAUACAGAACUGUAGAGGUCCUGUAGUAACUCAUCCAUUGUUUAUCUAUACUGUUAGAUCAGAACUCAGAGAAACCACAUUCUUUGAAAUGUGAACAGCAUUUUUUUCAAACUUAGAUUCACAUUCCCUUUUCUAACUAAACCCCAGUGGUUAACUGGGGUUUGAAUGAUGGAUUGUUUGCUAGUUGGCUGAAAUCAUAUUUAAUGUUCUACCCACAAUCUUACAGGAAGAGAAAAGAGUUAGAUUGAUUUUUACAUUUUUUAAUGUGCACUUACUUGACAUGAGCUAACUGAACAGUUAAUAUGGAGACAUGGAAAGAGAAGCCUGCCACUUUGUACAUUCUGCAAGAGUGCUCACACCAGCAGCUAAUUCUGUCAUUGAAAGGCAUGUUCAUUAAAUACAAGACAUGUAUGAAACGUGGACAGCAAUUGGAUCAUGAAUACAUUUGACACAUAGAGUAUGUAUGAAGGACAAUGUGACAAAGCGCUGCAUAAAAUGUAGAUAUAAAUGGAACAUGGAUCAUGUUAAAUGUGACAAGUGAAAGUAUUGAUUUUAUUUUUUUCUUAUUUUUCUAUUAAAUAAAGCGCUUUACUCAAAAAACA